AUGGCCCGUAGUGAUACACUCAAGCGCAUCUCGUCCACAUCGUUCAAGUCUGAGGAUGUUAAAGGGCAAGUAAAGAAGCUCAAGACCUCAGUGGAUAUGGUGAGCGAAGAUGCGGUCUCAGUACGUAGCGAAUUGCUCGAAAGAGACGACCAUAGGUCGCAUGCAAUCGUGGAAGGGGAAGAUGUCACUUUGCCGAUCAAUAAUGGCAUAAAAUACGACCAUUUUAAUGUAGAACGAGACGGGAAAAAGAUCGGUGUCGAGGCUUUAGAGAACCAGACAUUGAUGGAGGAUAAGGUAGAUGUGAAGGUGAAUGGUGUAGCCAUGUCGUCGGCCAAGAAGUCAACAAGGAAAUGCUCAACACUUGCUGGAAUAGCUACAACUAACUCAAAGACACAAGGGAAGAAAAAGACCGCCGCUAAGGUCAAGCCAAGAGCUGCACCUAAACGAAAGGUGCGGACACAGGACGAUAAAAGGAAGGAGAAUUCGCCACUGUCUCUACCGUUUUUCGUGGAGACGGGAGCGGAGUGGAACCACACAAACAUUGAUUUUGAUGAGUUGAGCACCUUGAGGUCGCAGUGGGAACUGCCGGCAGCGUGCCAUAUUCUCUGGUUAUUGCAAAGUCCUCUGACACUGCAUUUCUCAAAUACGUUGCUUGAAUAUGAAGCAGCAUUGCUGAAGCCCGAGGAUAGUUCAAUAUUGGAAGAUGUUUUCACAAAACUCUUGCUGAAAAAAAGUGAACGAGCUUGUUUGAGUGCUGGAAUUGGACUCAAGUAUGAGUGGUGGAACAAACAGCUGCGUAUGUACUACCUCGAUAUGUAUGACAAGUGGUACGCGCUACUGCGCAAAGCUGGUGAGCGACUUCCGGAUACGUUUUCGCAAGAUGAGGAUGAUGAUAAUCGUAGUCACUCGAGCAACGAUACGGAUGAGCAGGUGGAUGUAGAACUUUCGGACGAUGAGUGGCUGACACUCGAUAUCCUGAGGACUCGUCUUGAAACGCUUGGCAUGGUCUGCCCUUUGAAGCACCAGUCAUAUGCAGAUUUGUCGAUCGAGCUGCGAUGCAAGAUUCUGCUAAAUUUGUGCGAGGCCGUGGUGGAUGACCCUGUCAACACUGAAUAUAUGCGCCAGAUGGAAGAUGACGAUUUACGCAUCGAGCCACUCGGCAAUGACCGUGCUGGAAACCUGUAUUAUUUUUUCCCGCAGUUCUACGAAGAGCGGCGAUUGUAUAGAUUAGAUAAGGAGACGCAACAAUGGGCACUCUGGGCUAAGGGAGAUAACGCAUUUCGCUCUAUGCUUAAAGCGAUGAAAACAAUUCGUGGACGUAAAAUUCGAGGCGAGCAAGAACUGUUGGAUCAUCUAGAGGUUAUCAUAGAGCAGAUUGAGGAUGAGGACGAAGCGCGGACACGGCAACUGGAGAAGGCCAAUCGCUUAGCAGUUCUUGAGGUGAUUCCACGCAAGCGUUCGCUGCGUCUUCAAGUAAAGCAGCUGGUGAAAAUGGAAAAGCACCAAGAGGAACUGGAACAGCAGAAGGAACUCUCUAUGGAGGAAAUUGAAGAGAUGAAGCGCGCUGAGUUGCUGCAUAAGGUUGGUCGUGAAGCUGAGAAGGACGUGCGCAAUGCCGAGCGGGAGGCACGCCGCUUGCAUCGUGAAGAGGUAGAGAGAGAAGAAGCCCAGUGA